CCGUAAAACCAAAGAAGAAGUCGUCGUACCAGAACCCGUCCACCAAAGACAUGCGCAGUCCGCUGGAGUUUCAGUCCAACUCUUUUAGCCACACAGUUCGUCAGAUACAACCGGAAGCACCCACCAGAGUCCGGAUGUGUGGACACAUCACCACCCACCAGAGUCCGGAUGUGUGGACACACUUGUUGAAGUGGACUUUGUACAAAGUUAAACCUCAGACUCACGAAGCUAGCGUCGCGUGCUAGGAGGAAGUAGCCGGAGACGGAACUCGGCCACACAGCGCGAGUCGCAGUGACUCUUCAUAGAGACUAAACGGUGUGUUUCAUCGACCCACAAUGUCCACGUGAACCUGUCUGAAUGGACUCUGUGUUGUUCCGCUUCAUUGAAAACGUCCGGAUUGUCUCCUGGUGUCCUGUGGAGCUCAUGACGUCAGCGUUUCAGCAGGAGGAAGACGGACCCGAGCGAUACCGAGCAGGGCCGAGUGAGCGACGCGUUUUUAACGGAGUUGUCUGGAGGAAACGUUUUCUGAAGAUGUCUAAAGUCCGACAGCUGAGAUGUUUAGUCAACCAGCGACUAACUGCGGCUGCUGAAGAGAUAUUUGAUCUGUUUGAAAGAACGAUAGCAGAAUACGAGGAGGAACUUUCUAGUUCAAAAGAGGAGAACGAGCGACACCGGAAACUACUGGACGCUGUGUUCAACCCGGAAGUCCGGAUACAAAGAGCAGAUGUCCAGCAACUGUUCGUGGUUCAAGAAGAAGUUCCCCCUGAUCGGCAGGUCUGGAGCUCCAGUCUGGACCCAGAGCCCCCACUAAUUAAAGAGGAACAGGAGGACCCAGAGCCCCCACACAAUAAAGAGGAACAGGAGGACCCAGAGCAGCCCCCACGCAAUAAAGAGGAACAGAAGGACCCAGAGCCCCCACACAAUAAAGAGGAACAGGAGGACCCAGAGCCCCCACACAAUAAAGAGGAACAGGAUGAACUGUGGACCAGCCAGGAAGAAGAGCACCUUCAAGGGCUGGAGGAGGCUGGUCUCAAGUUCUCAUUCACUCUUGUAAUGAGUGAAGAUGAGGAAGAGGAAGCUCAUUCCUCACAGCUUCAUCAAAGAGAAACUGGACAUAUGGAAACAGAUGCUGAUGGAGCCGAUUGUGGAGGACCAGAACCAGACAGGAACUCAGAUCCUGAUGAGAAGACUGGAGACUCUUCUGAACCAGAUACGGAUGAUUGGAAGGAGACCAGAGAACCUCAAUCAUGUCUGAACUCUCUGAAUAAUGAUGACGUUUAUGUCAGUGAUUCAAAAUGUAGUUCUCGUGAGAAACCAUUAAGCUGCUCUGAAUGUGGGGAAAUAUUUCACCUCAAGGGAGAUUUGAAGAAACACAUGAGAAUCCACACAAGAGAGAAAAUGUUCAAUUGCUCAGUUUGUAAUAACGGCUUUAAGCUGAAGUCAACUCUGAAGAGUCACAUGUUGACUCACACAGGAAAGAAACCUUUCAGCUGCUCAGUCUGUAAAAAAUCUUUUCCACGUGGAGGAACUUUAAAGGUUCACAUGUUAACUCACACAGGAAAGAAACCUUUUAGCUGCUCAGAGUGUAAGAAAUCUUUUUUACAUCGUGGAGAUUUGAAGAGACACAUGAUGUCUCACACAGGAGAGAAACCUUUCAGCUGCUCAGAGUGUAAGAAAUCUUUUCCACAAAGUGGAGAUUUGAAGAGACACAUGAUGACUCACACAGGAGAGAAACCUUUCAGCUGCUUAGAGUGUAAAAAAUCUUUUACACAUAGUGGAACUUUAAAGGGUCACAUGUUUAUUCACAGAGGAGAAAAACCUUUCAGCUGCUCAGCCUGUAAAAUAUCUUUUACACAGAAAGGUAAUUUAAAGAGACACAUGUUAACUCACACAGGAGAGAAACCUUUCAGCUACUCAGAGUGUAAGACAUCUUUUACACAUAGUGGAACUUUAAAGGGUCACAUUCACACAGGAGAGAAACCUUUUAGCUGCUCAGUCUGUAAAACAUUUUUUACAAGGAAGGACUCUUUAAAGGUUCACAUGCUAACUCACACAGGAGAGAAACCUUUCAGCUGCUCAGAGUGUAAGAAAUCUUUUACACUUAUUGAAACUUUAAAUACUCACAUGUUAACUCACACAGGAGAGAAACCUUUUAGCUGCUCGGUCUGUAAAACAUUUUUUAAAAGGAAGGACUCUUUAAAGUUUCACAUGCGAACUCACACAGGAGAGACACCCUUUAGCUGCUCAGUCUGUAAAACAUCUUUUAAAAGGAGGGACACUUUAAAGAUGCACAUGCUAACUCACACAGGAGAGAAACCUUUCAGCUGCUCAGAAUGUAAGAAAACCUUUACACAUCUUUCAUCUUUGCAGAGACACAUGAGACGUCACACAGCAGAGAACUCCCUUUAGUUCUAGUUUUGGUAAAGUUUAAAUCAAUUUCACUUCUCAACAAGACCUUGAGAUACUGGACCUCCCUCGCUUGGGGCAGUGACUCACUUCCAACUGAGAGGACUCUAUCCACCGAUCUCCUUCAGAGAACCAUGGCCUCAGACUCUAGGUACUGACUCAUACUGACCCCUGCCUUUAAAUGACUCUGAAAACGUUCCAUUAAUAUGUUGACUAGUUCCUGCACAAAUUUAUUUGUAAGUGCCUUUGCAUGUUUUUUUGGUCCUUUUUAUUUUUAAGUUCUUCCGGUGAGACUGGAAAUAGAUGUACCUGUCGCAACUUGACAUUGCAAAAAGUCUGUGAGUUUUACGGUUUACUGAAGGAGAAGGAGUUAAUGAUUGUUUACUCUUCAAUCCACUUUACGGACUGCUAAGCUCCUAGCUGGAACGGGAAAAAGGUACUUUGUGUUUAUUUAGGCUUUAAUUACAUGUUUAGUGACUUUAUUUUAAUUAAUUUGUGCAUUGGUAAGAGCUCAUUUCUGUUGUAUUUGUUCCAUAGCUCUUACGGUGAUUUCCGGAUCUUUAUGGAAAAAGGAACAUUUGUGUUAAAAAAUAAAAGAUUUCUGAAACAUCA